CAGAAACACAGUGACACAUAGAUGGAGAAACAGAGAUCAAAAACAAACAAAAACAUGUUGUUUUCUGACUUUUAGAACACUAACUUCCUAACCUUGUGCAAGGAAAAUACAUUUUCCUUCACUUUGUGUAAACAGCACAGAGGUGUGGACCCUGUUUACCCAAAUGUGGAUUCGGAGUAUUUUUUUUUAAUUCUUGACCUGCUCUUGUUGUAACUGGGAGAAAAAGUUUUCCUUCUUGAUGCGUCAAUAUAGGCAACAAAGGGUUAGAAUUAUUUCUGAUUUUGCGCAGAUGCUGCCUCCAUGUCACUCCUAGCCCUUGACAAAUACCCAUGCCAGGAUUUGGACUCAGAGUUUGGAGAUUCGGACAUAGAGUUGGACCUUGAGAGCCUUUGUCCUUAUCAGUCGACUGCUGCCUCCCCCACGCAGACACCAACCCAUCAGCACGGCUUUCUCCUUUACAGCCACACAGGGGAAGUGCUGGAGUCUCCAGGGUACCCUCCUCUAUCUGACCAUCACAAAGGCCUCCAACAAGCAGAUAAGGGAAUCCCCCUCUGUUUCCAAAACGCCAUGGAAACACUGAGAGACAUCAGGCAAGCCUACCAGGAUGCAGGGAGGGGAAGCAGCAGAGGAGGUUUUUCUCUGCCGAGCCUGGGCGACAACAGCAGACGCUGGAGCCAUCUGGAUCCUGCUCCCUCACCUGGUGUGCUGAAUACCAGGACCUCCUGCCUGCCAGUACCCCCUAAACACAGGCAGAGAACAAGAAGUGUGGUUGCUGCAUCCCCAUCCUCUACCGGUCUGCUGUCUGUGGCUGAGCACAGCCAGCUCAGCCAAUCAGCCCCCAGCAUCAUGGAACCACUACUGUGUUCAACCACUAUGAUGCAGGCCAGAGCACACAUUCAAACCCGACUGGGUUCUCAAGACACUGUAAAUCAACAAAAGUUCUCGCAGGGUCCCUUGCCGGCUCUGCAUCCCAGAACGCCCAAGCUGUUGGCACCACUAGACAGAAGGCCCAGGGACAUUGCAGCUCUGCCAGAACUAAAGCCCCACAUUCCCCUGAAGCCCAUCAGCCGGAGCCCGCUUUGCUCCAGGAGUCGGCUGAGGAGAGAGAAGCUGUACUGGGGCAGCCCACGCACUGGCCCUCUGACCACUAAAGGGGGUAGUGAGGAGAGCGGUUCCAGCAGCAGCAUUAGCAGCCAGAGUUCCAUCGACCUGGAGGAUGAGGAAGAUGAGAGGGAUAUGCGUGAGAGAGCUUCCGGAGAAAGACAUCUGAAGUUCGUAGGAGACAGGUUGUUGCCGCAUUCAAACGAUGUGAGCUCCACUGAGGCUGAUUUGGUUGAGGAGACCCGGCAGCAUUUUAAAGUUCAGUCAAGGAUCAGUCAUAUUCCAGCGAUCCACAGAUCAGCACAUGACCUGGAUGGAGAGCCUAUCAAUCAUACAAGUGAUCUUCUCAGCACUAAAAAAGCUACGAACUCUCACUGUGAAGGCAAAGCCACCAAUGUGAACUAUACAAAGGAGCCUGUUGACAGUCAGUCCUUUAUAAAAUGUAACUAUGCACAACAAGGAGACACUGUGAACAAUGAAAUACCUAUCACAUCAAAGUCUAAGGAAGAAAAGAACGAUGUGGGCUGCACCCCGGAGCCUGAGAUUAGCCAUGGGAUAACAUUUAAUAUGAAUAAUGACCAAGGUCAUGUUGUUGCAUGCUCUGAAGAGACAUACAGAAAUGACCUGCAGGAUAUCAAACAGACAGAAAGAACAAUAAAGGUUUCCUGUUUUGAAGAAAUCAGAGUAGAUAACCCAAUCCCUCGUAGAGAGGAUGGAAAUUUAACUACUAGCAUUACUGAGGAGAAAAUUCAGUUAUUUACUCCAGCUGUAAACCUUCCACAAUCAAGCACGGGUCCCAAGAGAGCUGAGAGGAUGUUGAAAGCCUUAAAGCCUGUCCGAAACAAAGAGAGAAGAACCAACAUGAACUGUGAACUAAGAGCAAACAUUCAAACCAGCCAGCAGUCCUUCAACGUUCUAGCACACAAAGACCGAAGCAUCCUAAAUCGAAACAAGUCCAAAAACAAUCCGAAGUACUCCUCACUUUCCACACAAGUUAAAGAUAAAACCAGGAAAAGCCCCGAGCUAAUAAUUGGUGGAGAGACAGUGACAAAAGUAAAGUCAAAGCUUAAAUCUGUUAAAGGUGCUCAUUGUUACACUGGCACCCCGUCACCACGAAAGAAGCUUAUUGAUCAGGGCAAAAGAGUAAAUCCACCGUUGAGGGAGCUGAAGAGCAUCCGUCAGUUGAAGAGACCAGGUCUAGCUGGGACACCGAGGUCUAAAUCUGCCGUGGACUUCAUCACCUACAAAGACAUGUUUCAGGAGAUACAGAGUGGGGACGAAGGACCGGCCAUCUACGAGAUGUUUGCUGGUCCGAUCUAUGAUAACCUACGAGUUUCCAGCUCCAGUGAGAAAGUAAAGGACAGACAAGUGCAGUCUGCUCCACCGAGGAAGUCACAACAGUGCCAUAAAGUCAAACACAGACCAUUGAAACAAGCACAGAGGAAAAGUCUGGGGGAGAGUGUAGUGGUUUCAGCUAAAAGCAAACAAAAACUUGCGUCCUCCAGGGUUAAAACUCACAAACCUGUACCAAGGAAAGGCACACACAAAAUCAAGGAUAUGCCUAAAUCAGAUGGGUACGCAGAGGCUGAGUUAGCUCUCUCUAAGGAUGUUGACAUUUGUCAGACAACCGCUCAAGAUACUAUCUUAUCUACCAUAGAGGAGGCUCUUUCUAGAUAUGGGUCUGAAACAAUCAAAUCUCAUGACAAAACACUGACUAUGCCAACAGGUUCAUCUCAUGCUAAAGAUUAUAGUCACCUGCACAUGAAUAUGCAAGAAAUAGGAAACCCAAACCGAUCAUUUCCUAAGCCUGUGUUAUCUCAAAGCCCCGAACAGCUAAAGGUUAAUACAUGGGCGUCUUCCAGCAGCAACCACACCACCAUGUCACCAGUUUACCAGAAGUUUCUGGAUGAGGUGGGGGACGGGCCGCUUACAGAUGACCUGCUGCAAUGUCUGGCCGAGGAGCUGAUCUCAUUGGAUGAGAGGAAUGUAUCCAUAGGCUCCGAAAACAUGGAGUCCAACAGAGAAGACGAGCGAGUGUCAGGAAGAAAUAAAAUUCCUGAGGUUAAUUCAAAAGACAGUGCUGCUCUGCUUGGCUCUGGGUUGGUUGUGGAUGACGCCAUCACAUGGACAAAGGGUGAAGUACUCGGCAGGGGAGCCUAUGGGACAGUGUACUGUGGCCUGACCAGCCAGGGCCAGCUGAUAGCUGUGAAGCAGGUGAGACUGGAUGCCUCUGACCCCGACGACGCAAAGCGGGAGUACAGUCGUCUGCAGGGGGAAGUGGAGCUACUCAAAACCCUCAGACACACCAACAUUGUGGGCUUCCUGGGUACCUCACUUUAUCAGCAUGUGGUUUCCAUUUUCAUGGAAUACGUCCCAGGAGGAUCCAUCGCCAGCAUCCUUCACAGGUUUGGCCCUCUGCCAGAGCGUGUCCUGGCUCUUUACACCCAUCAGAUCCUGAAAGGGGUGGCCUUCCUUCACCUGAACAGAGUGAUUCAUCGGGACUUGAAGGGAAACAAUGUCAUGCUGAUGCCCACUGGCGUCAUCAAGCUCAUAGACUUUGGCUGUGCGCGGCGUCUCAGCUGCCUGAACCACACUGCCAGCAACAGUGGCGAUCUGCUCAAGUCUGUCCACGGCACACCUUACUGGAUGGCACCAGAGGUUAUCAAUGAGACAGGAUAUGGCAGGAAGUCAGAUAUAUGGAGUGUGGGUUGCACUGUGUUUGAGAUGGCCACAGGGAAACCACCACUGGCACACAUGGACAAGAUGGCUGCCUUGUUCUACAUUGGGGCUCAAAGAGGGUUGAUGCCCUCUUUACCAGAUGGGUUUUCGGAUAACGCCAAGAACUUUGUGGCAGUCAGCUUGACAAGUGACCAGAGACUACGGCCAUCUGCAGACCAGCUGCUGAAGCAUGUAUUCAUUCCUCAAAGUGAGACUGAAGAGAACUCUUGGGAAACACAGAAAAAGAACUGCUGUGGUCACCCAGAGGGACGGUGUGGCUAAGUUACACAAAGACAGAAUGCUUUUGAGUUCAAGGGGACAUUUAAUGCAUCAGAUUGUUGAUUCAAAACAUCAAGUAUUGUUUGGUGACCCUUUAAUGGUCAGCCAUCUAUCCCCAGUGAUGCACUAGUAGUGAGUUUGGGUGCAAAGGGCUCAUGUCCCAGGCCUUUCUGGAAACUACAACAAACAACAAAGUAUAUCAAGAAGGACCUGUAGCCAUUGCACUCUUAAGUGGAAGUUUAUAAAGCUACAUUAGAAGCACUUUUAUACGUUUAACUUUAAUAUAACCUAUAAAAUGUGAACAGUCAGAUUUUUGUUACCGACUUUAGAUAUUUCCUAUAGCAAUCUUUCAAAUGUGCCAAUCUUAUAAAUACCUUAAUUUUGUAUCUAUACAGUGUAACUCUAGUUCUCUCUGCUGUGUAAUAUAUAUAUGUUCUGAUAAAAUGUGUCUAAUCCAUAUACAGCAUAACUUUCAUAACCUAAAGUUUUCCAUACUGAGAAUGUAAACUACUUCCGGUUAGCUUUCCUCUGAGUUAUUGAGGAAUCGGUGCGUAAAAUUAUGCUUAAGAGACAUGCCACAAAUAAAAACUCUAAUAAAAAGACUCUAGUAACAUGUUUAUAUGCAUAAUAAAAUGACAGCAACAACCAUGGUUUAUACUGUGUCAGGGUAGUGGCAACUUUGAAGUUUAUUCAUAAUAUUGAAAUGA